CGGAGGAGGAGAUGGCAGGCAUUUGCAAACUGCUGGUGGGAAACAGGCUCAGGCCCAUCUGGGGGGCAGGGCCCCCCUCCCAGCUGGACAAGGAGCCCCAGAGGAGAGCGGUCCCGCCCUUGGCCCUUGUCCUCAGCAGCCCCCAGUGCCUGCCGCAGCGGCUGUCUCUUUAAGGGCCUCCCCCUCCCUCUUUCUCUGCUCCCCCCAUCUCUGUCGCAGCCACUGCUGUGGCUCAGAGCUGCAUGGGGAGACGCCGCUGCAGGUCCGGUUUCUGGGUGUCUGGUCGGUGCCAUCAACUCCCUCCUCCUCCCCCCGCCCUCCCCAAGCUGGUGAUUGCCCCUCCCCCGGCCCCCUCCCCGCCGAGGGGGCAGGGGGCUGGGCCCGAACUCUCCAUAAUGCCCCGGGGCUGCCUCUGGGCCGGGCCGCGGGCACUCUGGUGGCAGCGAGAGGCGGGAGAGCGGUGCUGACCGCUGACCGCCUGCCCGGCCGCUCCGCGGUCUCCCUCCCCGCCCUGCCUCCCCUUCGGAGCUGGCACCACAGUCCCACCCCCACCCCCCACCCCGCCCCCUCGGGCCCUCCCAGCCUCUCCACGUAAGCCCCCCCCACCUGCCUCGCUCCCUCCCCUCCCCCACCGCAGCCUCCGCGUCCUGUCCCCUCUCCCUCUGUCCUCUCACCCAGUCUUCUCCUCCUCGGCGCGCUCCCAACCCUCUGGCUGGCUCUCUCCGGCUCCCUUGCUCGGAUCCUCCCUUUCCCCCAGUCUCUCCCAUCUCCCCAGUCUCCAUCUGACUCCCUUCCUCCGGUCCUGGGUGGGGGUCGGGCUCUCCAGUCCCCUCCCCUCCCCACCCUGUCUGUCCCCUUUGUGCCCCUUUCUCUUCUUCGCUCUCCUUCCCCGGCCUGGCGUCCCUUCUCCACCCCCGUAACUCCCUUCAGCUCGGCCUCCCAGCCCUUUCCCGGCUGCUCUUGGGCUCCCUGCCGGAGGCCUGAGCCACCAUGCUGACCCCCAUGGUGGCCGGGGGGGUGGUGUUCCCCGGACUCUUCCUCCUCUCCAAGAACACGCUCCAGCGGCUGCCCCAGCUGCGCUGGGAGGAGGCUGACGCGGUCAUUGUCUCAGCCAGGCUAGUGUCCUCUGUCCAAGCUGUAAUGGCCUCCACUGCUGGCUACAUCGUCUCCACCUCCUGCAAGCACAUCAUAGAUGACCAACACUGGCUCUCCUCCGCCUACACGCAGUUUGCAGUGCCCUACUUCAUCUAUGACAUCUAUGCCAUGUUCCUGUGUCACUGGCACAAGCACCAGGUCAAGGGGCACGGAGGGGACGAAGGCAGCACCAGAGCCCCGGGCAGCACCUGGGCGGUGGCACGUGGUUACCUGCACAAGGAGUUCCUCAUGGUGCUCCACCACGCCGUCAUGGUGCUCGUGUGUUUCCCGCUGUCGGUGGUGUGGCGUCAAGGGAAGGGAGACUUCUUUCUAGGCUGCUUGCUGAUGGCAGAGGUCAGCACCCCCUUUGUCUGCCUUGGCAAGAUUCUCAUCCAGUACAAACAGCAGCACACGCUGCUGCACAAGGUGAACGGGGCCCUGAUGCUGCUCAGCUUCCUGUGCUGCCGGGUGCUGCUCUUCCCCUACCUGUACUGGGCCUACGGGCGGCACGCGGGCCUGCCCCUGCUCGCCGUGCCCCUCGCCCUCCCGGUCCACGUCAACCUGGGCGCCGCGCUGCUCCUCGCCCCGCAGCUCUACUGGUUCUUCCUCAUCUGCCGCGGGGCCUGCCGCCUCUUCCGGCCCCGGGGCUCCCGGCCGCCCUCUCCCUGUCAGACCCAGGACUGAGAGUGGGGCCGAGGGCGGGGGACCCUCCCCACCCCACCCCCAUCCCCACCGCGUGGGAACAGGGCUCUGGGGCCGCUGGGCUAUCAGUGGGAGCCAGGGGCCUCUGGCCCUGACAGCGCCCCUGGAAACUGACAGAUGGACUCCGACGGGGUGGGGUCAUGUCCCUUCAGGGGCUGGGGGCCGGGACCAGGGGAGACUGAGCCGAGGGGUCGACCCCCUCCUGCAAACCCCUUUCUCCAUCACGUCCCCUGGGCCCUGGAGAACCGAAGGAAGAGGAAGAAGGCGCACCCCUUCCCAUCUGCUUAGGGCUUUUGAGGCUGUGGGGAGCCUGAGGGGACCAGGACUCAUAAAAGAAUUGUGGGGGAGGCCCUGCUGCCAAGGCCAUCCCAGUCCCCCUGCUGCAGACUCCUCUGGGAGGGAGGCAACACCCCCUCUAACAUCCCUGGUAUGGUCAUCUCCACAGCUUCUCUCCAGGGGAGGCCAGCCUGAGGAAUCUUAUUUAUUUUAUUUAUUUAUUCAAAUUUGUUGGGGUGGGGGAGGGAGGUGGCUGCUACCCCCCAGCCUUCCCAGUGCUGAGCAACCCCAGGGGGCAAGUGGGGGAGCACCCAGCCCCUUCCCCGUUAAGCUGACAUCUUGCCCCUGGGCCCUGGCAUGUCCCUGGUGCUACAGACUUCUCAAGGCUUCCUCCAGUCUGGGGUCGGGGGGACCCUGGGAGGUGCUUUACAGACCGCUAAUAAAGACAUCAGCGUGAACGCCA